AGGUAAAUAUACCGUGCAGAAUGUACUAUAUUGCUCAAGCUGAAUUAUGUAUUUUUCUUGUGAAAACAAAAUGCAAAUAGCUCAUUGCACUUGCAUUUUUUUUCAUACGACAAUUGCUUGAGUAUUUUCUUUCAUAUUCCCCAAAAAUUAAACUACAUGAUUAAUUCUAGAGUAUGCCAUAAUUAAUAUUAAGACCAUAAUCUUUAGUGGAGAAAUGUAAAAUGGCAUAAUUUAACAUAAAGCUAAGCCUUUGAUCUUUUAUCAAAAACAUUCUGUUGGAGCUAAUCUAUUUCCAGGGUUUCUGUUUUAUUAAGAUAUGCGAUUUUACAAAUCUCCCAUAAGUGAUGCACUACUGAUUAUUGGUAUCUGCAGAUUCUACUGAAUUGUGUUAAUAUUAACAUUCAUCCCAUAUAUUUUUUUGCUGGUGUUCUAUAAUCUGAUUCGUCCAUUAUGUGGAUUCAAGGGAAUUUUGAUCCCGCCCCAAACCCUCCUCUAAUUAAUCCAACUGUAUAGUACAUACGGGUUCUUCAGUACUAAGUGUUGCUUUAGUAGCGCGUCCAUUUGAUUCUCAGAUACGUUUGUCGUAUCUUCGUUAAUUAUUGGAAUGUUCUGAAAUUCAGACUUGCUAUUUUGUAAGGCAUGUUGCUCUGUUGUGAUGAACCUUUAAAUGGUAAAGUUUCUUACGGCUAUAUAAUUCGCAGAUGUGUUAAAUAAUGUGAAUCCAAUACUGCUGGCUGCACUUGUUUAGGUUAUGGUUAUGUAGUGCAAGUUAAGUUUUGAAUUAAAACCUCAAAUUUUCGAUAUUUAAACAUUUUUCGGGAAAGCAACAUCAUUCCGAUAACAGGGAAUGAAAAAGUAUCUUAUUCCUUGAUUUUGACAUCAUUAUCAUUUCCGUGAAUCUUUAUCAUUUAUUGUACUUGCUCUGACUCAUAAUUUUUAAGUUUGAAAAUUUUUAAAUCGUGCGUGGUAUUGAAAGACACAUAAUUCUGUAUUUUAUAAUAGUGUAGUGCUUUAAAUGGAAUAACUAAAAUAAUCUUGAAUGACAUAUUUAUAUAUUUGAUUAACUUUAACAAUUGUCUCAUAUAAUAGCAUCAUUGUAUUUUUUUAUGAUUUUAAAAAUACUUUUAUUAUAUUAGUCAUUUCUUAUCAUAAUUAUAGUUUGUGUUUUGGGGAGUACAUAUAAAACUUAAAUAUCACAAAAUAUCAAAUAUCCUAAAUAAAAGUUUUUAAUAUACCCGUGUAUAAAUAUAUUGGAAAGAAAAAUUUGCCUCAUCGUCAUGGUAAAAAAAAGAGGAAUAGUAUGGAACUACUAUAUAAAGAAAGUAGAUGGAUCCCAAGUGAUCGCCUUCUGCAAAUUCUGCGAUCAAUCAUAUAUUCAAAAUGCUACCCGAAUGGAACGACACAUGGAACGCUGUCCAAAGUGUCCAGAAGAUAUACGCCAACAAUUUAUCCAAGUGGCACAUAACAAGAAGAACAAAACAAACGUUCUGGGGAUCAAGAUAAAUGAUACUUGGACCAAACAAGAAUCAUCAAUGGAACAAAGCAACAUAACAGACACUGAAUUAGAAGACUUGGAUGAUUGGGGAUACAGAAAUCAAGCAUAUCCAGAUGGCACAACCAGUUCAAUGCAGCAAAACAUGGAACUAGUAAUGCAAACUGGUGAUCAAUCUUGGGAAAAUCGAGAUUCUACAAUACAGCCUACCGAAUCGGAUACAAACACAGUGAAUAGGAACUGGGAAGCAAAUCGUAGUGCAGCUGAACCUGCCGCAUCUGCCGCGUCUCAGGAACGAGGUGGGUCGGUGCACCAACGAAAAUCUCAUGCACCACGAAGAAUUUCACAAUGGCCCUUGCUGUCCAUGCGAUCGUCAGGAUACUCUCCACUACAGAGCAAAAUCUACCAAGAGCAAUUACUCGAACAGCGAGCUUUAAGACGAGCAGCUGAACUCGAGUUACGACGAAAAACCCUUGAAUUCGAGCGUUUCCAAUGGGAAUAUGAGCGCGACAAAGCGCACAGCGAAUUACGAUGGGCGCACGAAUCUCGUAUGAUGCAGUUUAAGGAAGAACGAGAAAGACAAAUAAUCGAGGAAAAUAGAACACGUGGAUUGUCACACGUUAUAACUGAAAGACAACGAAGUCUGAGAUUCUUUUAAAUCAGAUUAUAAGAGGAGGAUAAGAUGUCUGAGAAACUGAUUAACAUUAUUGGAAGCGAGACGUACUAUUAUGUAGCCGUAAAGGGAUCGCCCUUUGCGUCUGAUUGUGCAGUCUUUGGUCUUACUGCGGAUGAGAUCUGCGCACUCACCAAGCGUUUCCCAAAUUCGGGAUCCGACGUUGUCAACGGGGUUGCGGUUAAAGGAGCUCCGAUGCGAGUGAUAAAUGCUCUUGCCGAGCUGGGUUAUCGUGUGGUUUGCAGUACCGGUGAGGCUGAAAUUUUCUGGACGUUGCAAAGGGAAGUCGAAGACGAUUCUUGAAUGAUUUAUUAAGCUUUUGUCCACCUCUAUAUACCAAUCAUCUUCGCACCGUUCACGUUUGAUCAGUUGUCGUCGAAGAGGAAAAUUAAUAGUGCAACAAGAUAACUCCAAGAGAAAUAUAAUAAAAAAAUCUUGAUUAAAAACGUUUGUCCAAUCUUUUUGCUACGAGGAUUACAAACACAUUUCAUUUACGUUGUUAAAAGAUUGACGUGUGUGGACCAAUUGAAUUGCGAGACAUAAUCACAAGAUGACUGGAGAGAACAAAACUAUUGUAACUCAUUUUGGCGCUAUUUUUGAAUGGAUGAACUGCCGGUCAUUUUUUAAAAAUGUUUUUUUCCGGAUUUUUUUUUAGACGCAUUCAGUUCUUGUCACAUCUUGCUGUCAUUCGUUCUUUGAAUUAUAUUAUUAUAUUAUGAUACGCCUUAGCUCCCUUAUAGAUCAAUUUUCUUUGAACAGAUACUUUUUUUAAGCAGGAUUAAAUGUGUUUUCUCUCAUGAUCAUACGUUUUUAUAAUUGUGAUGAUUAAACUGCGUAACGCAUCUGUACUCGUAGGUAAUGUGGAAAACACUUAACGGAUAUUUUUCUCAUAUAAUUAAUUGAUGGCGCGUCGCGCAAAAGUGGCCUAUUUUCAUAAAGCAACGACUAGUAAAAAAAAGCAAAGAUAUAAAUUGACCAUUGCGUAGAAUGUGCAACUGUUAUUUAUAUUUUACAAAUGACAGAAAUGAUAAAUGUAAAUCAAUAUAUAUAUAUAUAUCAAAAUAUGUAUUGAUUUUCUAGUAUCAUGUAACGAAACUGAUCAACCGUAGGAUCAUCGACACGACCGAAUUUUUAUUAAUUCUUUUUAUAUCAAAUUAUUUUAUGUACACUGGUGACUGUUAAUUGAAGUUUUUUUAUCUAGAAUAUACUUUAUAACGAAAGCCGUUGGAACAACUAUAGCUUGAUAACAUAUUGAAGUGAUUACUCAUCACUUCAAUAUUACCUUGUCUGGCUAACGAUUUACGAUGUUAAAAGAAUUAUAUUUAGACACUUAGUUUGUUCAGGCCCAAUUUAUUGAAGCGAUUCAUUGGCGUAUUUUAUUCGUAUGCUAUUAAGUUUAAAAUAAAGACUAAUGAGAUACUCGUACCUUGAGUUAAACAGAGUUAAUGAAAUUGCGUUAUACGAUAAUUUAUCAAAAUUUGAUCUAACAUUCCCUUCUCACAAUUAAUGAUAAUCAUUAAAGAUUAGAAAUUGUAGCAGCUACAAUUAAAAAUAUACACUUGCACCGCGUUUACAACAUCUUAUAGGUCACAAUUACGAAUAAUCCAAUGUCCCUAAUCUUACAGUAGUCACUUAUUAUUCCAUUAAUUUAUUAGCUUCGACGUUAUGACUUCGAGUAAGUAAUAGAAUCUUAUAAUUCAUAUUGCUAAAAUAACAAUCAUUUAUAAACGUGUGAGAACAAUUUUGUUGCAACUCAAAAAGACAUUAAUUUAAUUCUGAAUUAAUCAAGCACUUGAUUGGCAUUCGGUUUCCCGUUACAAAUUUUAUUAUAACUAAUAAAAGAUUGAAUAUAUAAAUAUAUGAUAAUAUUAUGUAUAUGUAUAUUUUACAAAGUCAUAUUUUUACUCCAAUCACGAACUGGCAUUGUACUUUUACAGGUUUACGUAAUCCAUGCGUCGUUGCGCGCAAGCAAAUGUAAUUUUUUGCAUACUAUACACCCAAUAUACUCAUGUAACGAAUAUACAUUAUCGAUUGUAACAAUAUACGGAAUAUCUUGAUGUUA